GACACUGUUUGGGGCGUCUGCUCUGUGGCUCUGUGUCGUGCUCGUAGACUGUGGUUGCGAUGAACUUUCUCUCAAUUUCACAGCACCAAUCUUAAUGGAUGAAAGUGGGAGUAGCUGUUUUGUGUCAUCCAUAAAACAGACAACCAGCGUAAAAUGACAGUUUGCAGUUUCUUCCUUCAAGGAAGGUGUCGAUAUGGGGAGAAGUGCUGGAACGAACACCCGAGAGGAGGCGGAGGCGAGGGGGCGGCGGGCGGUGGAGAUUACAGUCGAGGCACUCCUCAGUCUAACCGAGGAGGUGGAGGUUUCGGAAAUAGAGUAUGGGUGAAUCCGCAGCGAGCCGGUGGAGACUUUGUGAAACCCACCAAUUUUGGUGGAAGAGAAAAUGCCAAGAAUUCUUCUUUUGGCGUCCCCACCCAGAACAGAUUCGGCACCCUGAAUACACCAAGCAGCUUCGACAGGGGUGGACAUAAAGACGAAAAUGAUAAACACUUGGAAACCAUACAAAAGGACAUGGAAAUCUGGGAAAGUUCAGGACAGUGGUUAUUUUCCUGUUACUCUGUCCUCAAAGGCUCAGUCUCAGGUUUUGUGGAACUGUCACCUGAGGAGCUCAGACUGGAGUAUUAUAAUGGCAGAGCAUCCGGAGACCUCCAGGCCUAUGGGAGCUCCGUGCAGCAGCUGGCUAGCCAGUGGAGGAACCGACUGCAGGAGCUCAAAGUCAUGAAUGCUAACACACGGUCUACACUGAUUGCAGAGUUGAAUAACCCUGGACAACAGCCGUCCUCCUUCGGGUCAGCACCAUCGGGAUUCGGUUCAUCCUCCGCUGGGUUUGGAUCCACGGCGCCGCCAUCUGGGUUCGGUUCUACUGCCCCGUCUGGGUUUGGAGCAGCGCCAUCUGGGUUUGGAUCGGCACCAGCGUCAGGAUUUGGAUCAGCAGGCUUUGGAGCCCCAGCCCAGAACAGUGCCAAUUUCAGCUUCGCGCCCACUCAGAGUGCUGCGCCCACCGGCUUCGGCUCCGCCCAGCCCCCAUCCCAGUCAGGUUUUGGCUCGGCCCCUGGCACUGCCCCCUCGGCCAGCUCAUUCUCCUUCGCUGCUCCUGCUGCUGCUGCCGCCACCAAAGAUGCAUCCAGCGGCUUUGGAGCGUCUGCCUCCGGCUUCAGCUUCGCCUCCUCGGCACCCUUGUCCACGAGUGGCUUUGGGGGUUUUGGAGCAUCCACCGGGGCCAGUGGCUUCGGGCAGCCCGGCUUCGGCGGCACCAACAGUGGGCUUUUUGCCUCAGCGGGGGCAGGGGGAGCGUCCACAGUAGCCAGUGCCGGGGCAUCAGCAGCCGGCCUGUUCACCCCUCAGAGUGAACUGACCGCGGACGAGUUGAAGGAGUUCACGGGGAAGCGAUUUACGCUGGGCCAAAUUCCCCUCAGACCUCCACCCGUUGACAUGCUGGUCGUCUAACAGGCAAAUAAAGACUUACAGCCAGGAGGGACAGGCUGACACAUUUUAGGUUUUCUUUUUAAUCUGUUUGCGAAUAAAUGAUGGUUAAGUACAUUUAAAACUGGUGUUUUUAUGUUUUCUUUUCUUUUUCUUUUAAAUGGCUACAUAUUUAUGCUUGUUAAACAAGUGAUCAUGAAAUGUGUUAUGACCUUCCAUUAUCACAUUAGAGAAUAGGUAGCCAUUUGUUUGAAUCUAAGUGCUGGUCUGGAUAUUUUUUUAUUCUUAACAGGUUCAACAAGGCACCUGUUUACUUCUACUGAUAUGAAUAGUUUAGUUUAAGUAUGUAAGUUAGACUCUAAGAUAUUUUAUUGUACUUUUAUGCAGUCUAAGAUGCGUUCAUUAAACAUAACCUCUGACUUAA